AUGCCAGCCCACCACGUCGACGAUGACGCAGCAUCCAUAGCAUCCUCCAGCUCUGCGUCCUCCGACGCCACCUCGGCACGCGAACGACCACACUCGCCCACCUCGCUGUUUGAAGACUCACUAUUCACGCUCUUCUCGCACAACCAGCCGGCCCACGGCGACCCGGGGGACACGUGCCGCUACACGCACGCGCAUCUCGCCCCGCGCUAUCUGUCCGCAUCCCGCGCACGCCCAACAACGCUGCGCUACAAGAUCGCGCAGAACAGCGGGACCAACACGAAGCUGUUUGCGCACCACCAGUGGGACGCCGGCCUGUACCUAGCUGAUCUCAUCGCCGAGCAGAGUUUCAGCAGCAAUUCGGAGGGGAAGCAGAGGGAGAGAAGGGCUUUCGUCGAUGUGCGCGGGAGGGACGUUGUGGAGCUGGGGGCAGGGACAGGGCUGCCCGGGCUGGUGGCGUGCGCGAUGGGUGCGCAGCGCACAGUGAUCACCGACUAUCCAGAUGCGCAUGUGAUGGACAAUCUCGAGCGCAAUCUCGACUUGGCGCUGCUUCCACGCAGUAGCAGCAGCAGUAAGAGGAGCGAGCGACGGCCGAACCCGCACUAUCUGGAGGCACGCAAGCGCGUCCAAGUGAUGGGUCUGGGCUGGGGUAAUGCGGAUGAGGAGGCGCGUGUGCUGGCGGCUUCUGCAGCAGAUGCGGGCUACGACGUGGUCCUCGCAGCCGACGUCCUGUGGGUCUCGUCUGCCCACCCGCUACUCAUCCACUCGAUCCGCAAACUGCUCAAACGCGAUCGAAAUGCGCGGUGCGUCCUCAUCGCAGGCUUCCACACAGGCCGACCCGCCGUACGACGCUUCUUCGUCCAACUCGCCCAGCCUGCUGACUCGAACGACACUUCGCUAGACCGAGAGAGGAAGGCAGGGAUCGUACCAGAUUGGCAAGACACCGAAUUUGGAGGGAUCUGUGAACGCAACGUGGACGGCUCGCAGCGAGCGUGGUCCGGGGCUCCAGUGCCAAGCAAGGCCGACUACGACAAGGGGAAGCUGACCAGCUUUGAGAGCGAGGAGGGUGCGAUGGAGGAGAUGGGGGACAUCAGCGAUCGGGGAAGCUGGGUCGUCGUUGCUUCACUGCGAUGGGCGGAUCUGGAAUAG